UUGCUAUAGCAACGGAAUGUACACAUGUUGGCGUUCAGUUUGAAAAGAUGUCAGACGUGAGUGCGGAAAAUGUGGCAAAAACCCAAAAAUAUUUGGGAAAAUACGUGAAAAAGCCGAUUUUGAGCGAGAAAUUGCUCAAAAAACCGCCGUUUCGGUUCUUGCACGACAUCAUCAAGUGCGUGAUCAAGGAAACGGGAUUUUUAAGCGGCUUGUUUAGCGACGAUGAACUCAAUUCGGAAAAGGUCAAAGAAAAAGAGGCCAAAGUUGCGUUUCUAACGAAACUCAUUGAAGCUGUUAAGGCAGUUUCCAAGGUAGAUCUGAAAGUGCGACCAAGCAAAGUGGUUGCUGGACUUGAGCCAACUGAAACCAACGUGCUGCUGCAAACCAUCGGCAAGUGCAUUGAGAAAAAAAUCGACACGAAGAGCUACGUGGCAAAACUACAAUCAGGAGAAAUACUACCCAAAGACAGACGCAGAACCGAAAAGGAAACCAGCAAAAAAACCAGCUCAAAAGACAGCAGCUCGAGAAAACCACGAGAAUCCAGUGUGUCUCGAACGAAAAAAAGUUCAACAGUUACAGAAACACCUAAAGAACAGUCGUCUAGAAGCAGCACAAGAAAAGCUGCUAAAAGCAAAAACAAGGAGAAAACUGAAGAAGCCCCAUUAAAAAAGAACAGCACACAAAACGAUCACGACAUUGUUCAGACUAUUGCUGAGGAUGAACAGGUACAGCAAAUUCCUGAAGAACCUCCGAAGGAAAUUGUAGCGGAAACCCAACCCCAACCAAUAGAAGCGAAGGAAGAACAGCCGGAUAAGGCUCAAGAAGUAGUGAAACCUGAAGAGGAUAUUAUGACAAAUUUCUCAAACGCGCGGCAAAGUAGCGCGGGGUUGAUAAGACCCAAAUCCGCGCGACCGAAAAGCGGCGAAAGGCCCAACAAGCCAAAAGAUGAUUUAAUAGGAGACGACGCCGAUUCCGUUCCCAUCGUCUCUAUGGCUUCAUCUGCAAGAACCCCAAGUUCUCUGCGUCCUCCUAGUGUGCGACCAUCCAGCGCUAGGCCUGGAGCCCCCCGAUUAAGACCCGAAUCGGCUCUACCUGCGAGCGAACCGAUGGCCAUGGGCGACAUUAAAGUGAUUGUAGAGAAUUUCGAUAGUGGAAUGGGUGACGAAGAGGACACCGUUGUGAUACAAAAUGAUCCCGACAUAAUUGAAGACAACGAAAUCCAGACGGAUUUGCUGAACAUUUCGGGCGACAACAAGGGCCAACUGGUCGAGCAAAUCCUGGAACAAAUACAAGGACAGGAGGGUGUUAGGAAAAAAGUGGAAAUCGAUUGGGAGCAGGAUGGCUUGCGAGGCAAAGACGCCACCACUAAAGAAGUGACGCGGCUUCGAGCACUCAUCCAAUCCUUGACCAAAGCGGCGAAUCCCCUGGGCAAAUUGAUGAAUUAUCUUCAUGAAGAUCUGGAAGCGAUGCAUAAUGAGUUGCAGAUGUGGACCAACACGAAAAAGCAGCUCUAUGUGGAGAUUGAAAAAGAGAAAAAGUCGGCAGUGGAAUUUACCAAACCACUUCUGGACAAGUUGGAUCACCUAAAACAGGAAAUUGGUAAACAGGAACGGGAAAUUCGGGAAGCAAGGAGCACGAUCUUAAAGAACGAGCAAAGAAUUGCUGAACUUUUAGAGCGGAAAUAGAGUUAGUUUAUACUUGAGGCUGGACAAUUAACUUAAAAUAAGUAACGUUGAUUAGGCACUAAAAGUACACUAAGUUGAAACAUUUCAGGUUGAAUUCUAGGAAGUUAAGUGUAUUAGUUGAAACUGGUGAUAGAGUUUUGUUGAAUUGAUAUAUACGUGUUGGCAAAACCGCUGUUCUACAAAAAUUAACGUUUAUUUAAUAGUAACAUCCACUUAAUCACAAAACAAAAGCCAUGGGAAUAAUCACACAAAGAUAAUGUUGGGUAAAAUAUAAGCCGUCAUUAGAAAUCGUUCUCAACAAUCAUGAAAAAACGCCAACAUGCUAAUCGUUGAGUAAUAAAUAUUUUAUAUAUUUACAAAUCUA